AUGGAAGAGGCUAAGAACCGCUUCCAGGUGAGACGAAGGGGCCCCUCCUUCGUGGCAAGAGAACCCCGAGAAACAGGGAGUAAUGUGCCGGUUGACCAAGUACGUGAGUACUGGAAGCCAAUUGUAGGCGAGGUUCAACCGUUCAGAGAAACUGUGGAGCUUAGGAUUUGGUCCCAAGCCCACAGGCAAUCCAAUCCAAACCAUGUGGACUUGGCCUUAACGGAUGAGGACUGGAAAGUCCUAUUCUCUAGAAUCAAACCAUGGAAGGCCACAGGACCAGAUGGAAUCCAAGGCUUCUGGUGGAAAUACCUACCAGAGGCUAAGGAGCGUCUUAAAGAGUGGUGCAUCAAAGCACUGCACAGGCGCAGGGAAGUGAUACCACGAUGGCUCUGUAGAGGCAGAGUGGUAUUGAUCCCAAAAGGGAAAUCAGAGACCCCUGGUCCAGGAGAUUUCCGACCAAUAGCAUGUUUGAAUACAUGCUAUAAGGUCCUCACGGCGAUGAUUGCGAACCGUAUUACCGCCGGCCUCGGAGACCGACUCCCUCGGGAGCAGGUCGCCCUGCGGCGAGGAAUAUGGGGAUGCACUCACGCACACAUACUGGAUCAAACAGUAUGUAGAGAUGCUUUAAAACAUAAGAAGGAGUUACAUAUGCUGUGGGUGGAUAUGACCAAGGCAUAUGACUCUGUUAAACAUGGCGCUAUCAAUUGGACACUCAAACAAUGGGAUGUGCCCGAGGCCAUCCGAACAUUGGUACAAAGAGUAAUGUCCAAACAAAGCGUCAGGUACUGUGGCCAACAGAAUGGUAAGGCUGUAGUGAGUAAACCUCUUGAGAUCAGGAAUGGUCUCAUGCAAGGUGAUACCCUCAGUCCUUUACUGUUUUGCAUGGCCAUAGCGCCUAUCUCCGGUUGGUUGCGCUCAAAUAUCGAGCCAUACAAGACCAGAACUGGUAGUGGUACCAGAUCAGAAGGUAGCCUUGAGGUAGGACACAUAUUUUACAUGGACGACCUCAAGGUCUACACUACUAACUGGGCAGACUUGGUGAAAGCCAAGGCUGGUAUCCAGAAAGUAGCAGAACAAUUGGGAUUGAGGAUGAAUCCAAGCAAAUGCGCGGUGAAGUCCGUCAACACCAUGGAAAGGGAACAGACUGAAGUCGGAGAUAUACCGAUUCUAGGGUCUAACUCCCUUUAUAAAUAUCUGGGAGCGGAGCAAGGCACUCUUGUCUCUAUGAGGCAGCUUUGGAACCGCGUCCGGAAAAAUGCUUGGGAUACUGCCGUCCGAAUUAUGAACAGUGACCUGACGGUACGUCAAAAGGUUGCUGGAUACAACCAAACGGUGAUCCCAAAGCUAAAAUACGCAGCGUCAUGCGUUAUUUUCGGUAUGGGACGUCUAGUUUCAUUCCGAAAACAAGCACGCGACUUUGACGUACGGAUACGAAAGCUGUUAGAAGAAUCUCGAAUGAGAUUUGGAUACAGCUGCGUUGCGAGACUGUACGUCAGGAAAGAAGAUGGGGGCCUAGGAUUAAAGAGUAUAGAAGAGGAGGUAGAUCACACCAUUGUUUACACAUGGUGCUACCUCGCCUCUAAUCCAGACUUUAUAGUCCCCUAUCAGCUGGCCGAAAGCCUACGUGCCAGCAGUAAACGGUCACUAACCUCAGACUUCAACUUAACCCAACGUUUGGUUCAUCCCACAGCGCCAGUUCUGCUUACCAAAAAUGGCCCACUUGGAGCUCGCGUUCGUGUCAACAGUUCAACAAAGAAACCGAGACAACAUACCCAUUGA